AUUUUUUUUAUAUAUAUAUAUUUGAAGAAGGGAAAGAUACACACCCAGUCCCUACGCCAUGAGAACAAGCUGCUGUCAGCACCAGGAAGCAGUGUGAGAGAGAGAGAGAGAGGAGUGGCAGCAACAUGCACUCGGAGGUGGAGAAAGCCGUGGCACAUUCUGGGAAAUGGUUCCAGCAUUGACGACUGAUAUUAUAUCCAAGUGGCCAUUCUUCACAUGGGAGUUGCCAGUUUUCCACAAAUUCAGCAUCUAUUCUUGAGUUGUAUCGUUCACAUGGAGAAAAUCUGGAGCAAAAAAGUGAGAGCUCUGUAGGCACUAGGGAUGUGGAGUACAGCAGUUUGCUAAUGCUUGAAGGAAUGCCAGCUAUAAGAAUCAAAACGGAGCCACCGGAACCUGGGCAAGGGUCAUUUCAAGCAUCCGAAUACGUGCGAAUGGAAGCAGUCCCCAUGUUGAUAAAUAAUGUGAAAAUGGAAUCGUCUACGUUGCUUAGUGAUCUAAAAACAGAUGCACCAGUGUUACUAAGCAACAUUAAAAUGGAACCACCAGAGGAAUUACUUUCAAAUGAUGAUAACCAGCCACAGACGGAACCUGUUGAUUUGUCCUUAAACAAAUCUAGGACCUCACCUGUAGCACCAUUGGUUUCAUCUUCACUUCCAACCAUAACAAAAAUCUCUUCAUGCUCUUCUUCGGACUUUUCAUCUGGUGGACCAGUCAAUGUUACUUCAGCCAUCCCAGCAGUAUUAUCACCAGGCUCUAUCUUGGCCUCGUCUCAGGGGGUUGGAGGACAACAGAUUCUGCAUGUUAUACACACUGUGCCAUCAAUCAAUUUACCCAGCAAAAUGGGAAACCUUCAGCACAUACCUGUGGUUGUCCAGUCAUUGCCUGUGGUCUACACAACUGUGCAGCCAGAUGGUGUCACGUCAUCAAUCACUGUUCCUCUGAUAGGAGAUGAUGGGAAAAGUGAAGGGGCAGUGCGAAUUGAUCAGAGUCCUAUGUCCCCAACGGAGACUAAAACUGAUAGCGAGGAAGACGAUGACUCCCCUAAUAUAUCUUUCGAUAGUAUUCAUGAAAGCAGCUCUGCCAUUCUCAAUUUAUCGGGGUCGAUGAGAGAGGAGGACUCGGUGUGGCCUCUUGACCCGAGCCAGCUGCUGGACGAUCCAUUUGGUGCACAGAACAUGCAUGGAAUACGGCGGCUGCCGAGAUCAGAGUCACCUGAUCCUAAGAGGAGGCGUGUCCACCAGUGCGACUUUGAGGGCUGUAACAAAGUCUAUACAAAGAGUUCUCACUUAAAGGCCCACCGAAGGAUCCAUACAGGAGAGAAACCCUACAGAUGCACUUGGGAAGGCUGUACAUGGAAGUUUGCACGUUCUGACGAGCUGACGAGGCAUUUUCGCAAGCACACAGGCGUUAAGCCUUUCAAAUGCACGGACUGUGACCGGAGCUUUUCCCGCUCAGACCAUCUUGCACUGCACCGCAGAAGACACUUGAUGAUGUGAAAGGUACUUAAAGGCCAGCUUCACAUCAGAGCCCUGGCUCUGCCUCCAUCCCAUUAUUCAGCAUUGCUGAAUUCUGACAGUACCUGCUGUGAGAUGGCACCUGUGGAUGCCAAUUCAGAGAGAAAGAGAGAGCCCGCCCGCCCGCCCUCAAAAGACUGUGGAACUGUUCAAACCAGCUUUCCUUUUGAUGUUAAGUACUGACUGCAUUUAUGUAAUUUAAGCUAGGCCUGUCAUUUUUGUCAUAAUUUUUUCUUCUUGAUUAUGUUAACACAGGGCAGAAAAAAAGCAGGCAGUCCAUUACUUGCAGCCAAAAUCAUGUUUAAGGGCAUUUAAAUCUUCAUUGGCUUUUGAAUGACCUUAAGGCUAAGGAAAAGCAACACUGAGGUUGGUGUUGAUUAUUGGUGGUGAAUUCUUCAGAGAACAGAAGAUUGACUUUCUAGGUUGUGUCAUUGUAUUUUUCAUUUAAUGUGAGCAAUUCAUACGGUGGCAAGUCUUGACAUUUUGUCCAAUUUUAACAGUUAUCCUAUUUUAAUGUGUGCUUUAUUAAUUUGGUGGUAUUUAGCUAAGAUGCAUAAAUAUUGCUGACAAAGAUAUGGUUGCUUUUUCCAUGUUUCAGCUCUGUGCACCCCAUGAAAUUGUUGAGUAGAUACAAAUGUCAAAAGAAAAGGGCCUUCUAUUCUCUGGGGGAUACAGCAAUGUUGCAAAACAGGUUUUCUUUUCAUCCUGCCUCCAGUCUCUACUGAAACAGAUAGAACUGGUUAUUCGAUUUGAUUCACUGUAAACAGUCCCUCUUUUAUUCAGGCUUGUGGGAGGUUUUUGAUAAAGCAGCAUUCUCUUUCCACUAAUGAAUAUGAUCAGCACAGUGAUGUUAUCUGUGGUUAAGGAGCCUGGCGCUCAUGUUUUUCACUGCUGCAAUUCCAGCAGUAUUUCAGUUUCUGCAGCAACAUAAAAGCUGGAUCUGAGGCCCAUGCAGCCUUUUGCUUCCACAUGUACUGACUGAGAUGUCUUGGCAGCAUUAUCAGUGAUGUGCCAGUGGUCUUAGUUGCUUACUGUGAAUAUCUCUGCCUGUUACAACAUGAUACAGUUCUGGAGUCAAAUGAUAUAAAUAAAGAGCAUAUGAACAUAGAACUCGGUCAUUGAAAGCUAACUCUGAAUGUGUAUUAAUAGACACAAUUAAUAAAUUAUUAGUAAUUUUCACACUCCUCUUCAUUCAGUUUGAUGAACUGUGAAGCCAGAUGUAAAGUUUUAGAUCUCUUUCUAAGCACCUUGUGCUUCUGCUUUAUUGCGUAUAAAAAGAGGCAGGUUAGGGUGCAGACCUUUAGCAUUGAAUGACUCGCUGCUGGGAUGAGUGAAAGCUGCAGCAGUCUGCGUUUGCAAACAUAUGCCCCAUCUGCCUUUCCCGUGCUGUUUUUACUGCCCUGUGAGGUAUUGUUUUGAUUGUGUAAUCUAUUUAUCUUGCGUGGUAGUUUGUAGGUUUAAAAAAAAAUCAGCCAGACCAGCGAAUCACAUUUUAAUCUGAGUAUAUGGGAAUAUUUCUCGAAUGCUCUUCAAGCUUUUGUUGGUGUAAGAGUGAUCUCUAGAUUUCAUUAAUAAAUGACUAAUGCUGAUCAACAAUCACCAUGCACACAUUUACUUUUACUUGCCGCUGUUUAACCCGAGUGUACUGGCCUGGAGCAGAGACUUAAAUAAGUUAUUACAGUUCACUUAGGGGAAUUGUAAUGACAUUACAGGAAUAAUGGGUGAGUAACUGUCCCCCACAAACUCAGCAAUUGUUUUGUAGCAUUUCAAAAGAGAAAUCUCGUUCUUGCUACCCCUUUUAAAACUCAUUUUGUUUUUUUUAUGCCUGUUGUUUUUUGAUGUCUCUAAUGGAGUGGUGUUGAUCUCGGGUGGGGAGAGAGAUUACUGGCUGGGAGUAGAGAUCAACCCCAGGAUGUGGGUAAUCCACACAAAGUAAAACUGGCAGCAUCCAAAGAUGAUGAAUAUUGUUAUUCAAUCUUUGUUCAUUUCCAUUAUUUUUGCCGUACAGUUUCCCCAGUGAUGCUGCCAGUUGCUGUUUAAACACAAUAUCAUGGUCAUUUUGAAAAGAGGAAUCAGCCUUUGUGUAAAUGGUGCUAACAGUGAGAUUACCUCUUAAUGUAAAGAGAAAACUGAAGAUGGACAUUGUACCUCCGUUCUCAUUCGUAGGGAGCUGGAUGUCCAUGAAUUAAAAGAACCGACUUGUAAAAGUGUAAUUUCUGUAAUAAAUGUUGCAACUUUCCACCUC